AUGAUAGCUGAGCAAAUGGCACAAGUCCUCCGGGAUACAUUGCCAAAUAUGCUUAAAGCAAUGUUGGGUGAGAGAUUUAAAGACAAUAAAGAUAGAGAGGAGGAAAGUGUUCGGCAUGAGAACACUCAAGCCACUGAAAAGGUGGAAGUAUCUGUUAAAGAGAAGGUAGAGUCGCCCACCAACGAGAGAACUGAAUUGACAAUAAAGGAGAAAGGAUGCAGUUUUAAAACAUUCAAAGGCACUGGGACAAAAGAAUUUAAGGGAAUAGAGGGCCCAGUUGGCCUGAUGAACUGGUGGGAGUCUGAGUGUGCCAUCAGAGGUGAUGAGGAUAUUGCUGCCAUGACUUGGGAGCAAAUGAAAAAGAUGAUGAUGGAUAAGUACUGCACACAAUCAGAGGUGAACAAGCUAGAAUUAGAAUUUCUUAGAUUAAAGCAAGGUUCAUUGUCGGUUCAAGAAUAUGUUAACGAUUUUCUUGAGAAAGCGAGGUUCGCUAGUUACCAGGUAGCUACCGAGGAGAGAAAGAUAGGUCGCUUCAAAGACGGCUUAAGAAUCGAAAUCAAACGGUACGUGGACAUGACUAAACCGACCACAUUUGUACAAGCAGUGGAGAUGGCGAAGGUGGCAGAGGAGAACAAUGCUAGGGAGAAUUGUGAUAAAAGAUAUGCAAAGAGAAGAUGGGAAGAAUCGAACAAGUUCAACAAGAAACCAAAAUGGACUCCGACUCUGGCAAAAACACGAAGCGAGGGAUUCACUAUUCCUCCAUGUAACAAAUGCAACAAGAGACAUAGGGGAGAGGGGAGAGCGGGGAGCCUGACAUGCUACAAAUGUGACAAACCUGGGCAUACCGCGCGAGAGUGUCCAGAAGGAAAAACUUGUUAUGAAUGUGGGGCUACGGGACAUUUAUGA